CGCGGAUGUUCAUCUGUGACAUAUAGUUCUAUGACGUUUUGACCUUGCGGGGGGGGGUAUCAAAGCUUCUUCAGUGCACUGUAUAUAUAGCUAUAUAGGCAAGAUGCACUCGGAGUUGUACGAGGUAACUGCCACUGCUGCAGGCUUUACCCUGGUGGUCUGGGUCCUGUCCUGUUCACUCUUCAGGUAUUGGCUACGGGACUUUUCAGGAGAAACUGGCACAAGAAAACAAUGCCCAUCGAAUAUAAAGAGAAUAGUCCAGGAGGAAAACUACGAGAGUGGACGUUCACAACCCACGCCCUCUCUCUCCUCUGCAGACGACCUACUAUUCAGAAAAAAGAGGCGAAUCCGUAGAAGGAAACGGAAACGAAAUUUGAAUGCAUCUGUUGCAGUUGAAAACAAUGUGCCGGUCACUCCUCAAGACUUCCGACCUAGAGCAAGCAGUGACAACCAACUCUCCACCAGCAGAAGAAGAAGCUACUGCUGCCAGGAGCUGGACUUGGAGUCCCAGAAGGAUCAGCCACACGUAAAGGCAAUCCUUCAGGACCACGACUGGAACACCAUUGCUACUGCUCUUGUUUAUCUACACAAGCACAAUGCCCUCGAAAGGAUUGCAAAGAUCGUCUUGAAAGCGAUACAGCACAUGCAGGAUCUGGCGGCUGUUCCUGGACGAGGGUACACAAACUACAUGGGAUACAGUCUUCCCAACGAUUACAGCGAGACUGAGCUCAGGGACAUUGUCUUAGAUCGCCAUGGAGACAUGACGAUUGGCGAAUUCAAGUGGGUCCACCGAGAGUUUGUUAAGAGUCAUGGAUAUCCACCUACGCCCUAUGGAUUCUCUAAACUCUAUGAAAAAAGCAUCGAGACUUCAAAACUCCGUAAACGUUUUGACAAAUUACGGGAAAAAAAUGAUGAAACUGAAAAGCGCCUUGAAAUCGAACAACAGAAGUUGAAGGAGGUGCAAAAAGAGAACAACCUACUCAAGUCACGAGUUAUUCAUCUGGAGUGCUCGGUGGCCCGGGCUCUGUGUAAGAUCUGUCUGGUCAACGAGGUGGCGGUGCUGUACCAGCCAUGCGAUCACGCCGUGGUCUGCAGGUCCUGCCACGAACGAAGCAUGGCAGGGAAGUCCAAGCGAGCACGCACGUGCAAUAUAUGUAACUGUCAUAUCAAAACAACAAAAAGCCUUAUCCUGGCCUAAAUACGGGUAUCUCUACCUCACCGUUACUUUCACAUAGAUUUAGGAUAUAAAUAUUUAUUUUACAAAGAUAGUUUGUGCUACAUUCUAUGCAAAAACGUUUGUGUUUUUGUGGUUUUUUAAAAAUAGAAAUAAGGUAAUAUUUUUAGCAUGCAUGGCGUUUCGUAUUGCAGAAACGCGCUAUUAUUAGAAGACUAAUAGCGCCCAGCGUUGUAGAUCUGUUGUAGAUCUGUCAAUGGUUUUUUAAAACAAAUUUUGAUUUUAAAAAACUUGAGUUAAAUUAUCUCACGUUUGAAAAUUGGAUGGGGAAUAUAUUUAAAGCAUUCAAUGUCAUGUUUCGUGGAAUGUGCAUGUACAUGCACAGACAAACUCGGUGAUCAAAAGUUUGGGGGUUGGGGUUGGGGGGGGGGGGGAUCAAAACAACAAAAAAGAUGAAAAUAACUGGGAGUUGCUUUGUAAAGAUUUUAUAGGUUGUAAAAAACAGUUUUGAAAAAAAUAAACAGUUCUACAUACUAGUAUACAGAUCGUAGUAGAUAUUUUGAAAUUGUAGAUUUUAUUAGUUACAAACAAGUUUCCCACCAAAAGUGUUCUGUAUUACAGAUAUUGUACGGUAGACUUAAAAGGAAAACACACUAUGCCACGUGACAUUUGUCAUUUAAAAGCGCUCAAAGAUUCUUAC